UCAAAUCAGCUGUUACCGGUAUAUACUAAACAAAAAAAACGCAAAUAAACAAAUAUUAUGCGAUCACUGCCCUUCAACUAUCAAAGAAAUAACCAAAAUACGAGUUCGACUAGGUUAUCGGUCCAAAUUUUGAAAUGAUAAACACGGGCAAAUUAGCUGGACGCACUAUAUUUAUUACAGGUGCAUCACGCGGUAUUGGUAAGGCAAUAGCUAUAAAAGCGGCACGUGAUGGUGCAAAUAUAGUGAUAGCUGCUCGAACUACUGAAGAAAAUCCUAAACUUCCUGGAACCAUUUACACAGCUGCCCAUGAGGUGGAGAAAGCAGGCGGGCGUGCACUUCCUUGUGCUGUAGAUAUACGUGAUGAAGAGCAAGUGCGUGCCGCUGUUCAUGAUGCUGUUUCGAGAUUUGGUGGUAUUGACAUUGUGGUUAAUAAUGCCUCCGCCAUUUCUUUCUCCAGUACAGCGGCCACAAAAAUAAACCAUUUUGACAUUAUGCAUCAAACCAAUACACGUGGCGCUUUCAUCGUAUCACAAGAGUGUAUGCCUUAUUUGAUACGAAGCGAAUAUUCACAUAUUUUAAAUAUUGCCCCGCCUUUAAACUUGGAUCCUAAAUGGCUCUCAGCUCAUUUAGGGUAUACCAUAGCAAAGUAUGGUAUGUCUAUGUGUGUGCUAGGUAUGUCAUAUGAGCUAAAUGCUAUGUCAGUGGCGGUAAAUGCCUUGUGGCCCCGAACUUCAAUAUGCACAGAGAGAAUCAAAGCUCUUAUGGGACCAGAAUUUCUGAAGAGAACACGCAAAGUGGAUAUUAUGGCAGAUGCGGCGUAUGCAGUGCUUAUACGUGAGCCAAAAGAGUUUACUGGUCGUUUUCUAGUCGAUGAUGAAGUUUUAACGGAAGCUGGUGUAAAAGAUCUCGAUCAGUAUGCUAACGACCCUACAGUCGCAGAUGAAUUGAUGUAUGAAUCUUUCGUGGAUAUACCAAAAGAGAAAAUUGUACCUUUUAUUAAUAGAGAUAUACCAGUAUGGAAGUCUAUAUUGAAAGAAAGAAAACCGAAAGUAAAUACACAAAAAGAGGAGAGAAAAAUUUCAGGAUUAUUUGAAAAAAUUGGGCCGCUACUUUCAAAUGAACUUGUUCAAAAAACAUUAGCGAUUUAUCAAUUUCAUAUAGUGGGUAAUGAAGGUGGUGUUUGGUACAUUGACCUAAAAAAUGGUGCAGGUUCUUGUGGAAAAGGCGUACCGGAAGAGGAAGCGGAUGCAACAUUUGCAAUAACAUCAGAGAAUUUUGUCGAAAUAUUUUCCGGUAAAAUGAAGCCGUCAACAGCACUUCUUAUGGGUGAAAUGAAAAUAUCGGGAGAUUUGAGUAAAGCUCUUAAAUUGGAGAAACUUACGAAAACACUUAGGUCAAAAAUGAUUAUAGAUAAAUUGUAGUUAUUUUUUAUUUAACGUCUUGUUUGAAGUUUGUUCAUAUUGAAUAAAAAAGUAUAUAACAAAAGU